AUGGCUGACUCGAAUGCAAAAUGUGGUGAGGGACCAGUCAAAGCACCCUCAGCGCCCUCAGCACCCUCAGUCCGAAUUGCUGUUGAAGGAUGUGGUCAUGGGUGCUUACACGAUAUCUACGCAUCUGUAGAGAGAGCUGCGAACUUGAAGGGUUGGGAUGGUGUUGACCUGCUGAUUAUCGGGGGCGAUUUCCAGGCUGUUCGCAACUCGAAUGACAUGGCUUGCAUGUCCGUCCCUGAUAGGUUCAAGCAAAUAGGCGAUUUCCAAGAGUAUUAUAGUGGGCAGAGAACCGCUCCGUACUUAACGAUCUUCAUUGGGGGAAACCACGAGGCUAGCAACUACCUCUUUGAGCUUUACUACGGUGGCUGGGUUGCCCCAAAUAUCUACUACAUGGGUGCCGCGAACGUUCUUCGGUAUGGGCCUCUUCGUAUCGCCGGAUUCUCCGGUAUCUGGAAACCCUACGACUAUGACAAACCGCAUCACGAGAGGCUGCCGUACAAUGUCGAUGACAUUACGAACAUCUACCACGUUCGAGAACUCGACAUUCGCAAGCUGCUGCAAAUACGCACACAGGUUGACAUAGGCUUGUCACACGAUUGGCCCCGGCAGGUGGAGUACUCUGGAGACUGGAGGCAGCUCUUCAGAUCUAAACCUUUUCUACGCGAGGAUUCCGAGAAAAGGAGACUUGGCAGCCAGGCUGCCGAAUACGUCCUCAAGCGCCUGCGUCCUGCGUACUGGUUCUCAGCGCAUUUGCACGUUAUGUUUGCAGCCGUUGUCCAACAUGCACCCCAGAACAUUCACGCUAGCCACCAGUUCGGACUGGAUGGGGCAUCUCUGACCAACAUGUUUGGUGAUGAUGAAGAAGAAACCCAGCAAACCGGAUAUGGUCAGGUCGGGUCACAGCUCAGUGUACGCCCAGAUUCUCAGCUUGAGGGAAGUGAAGCACAACACGAGUCAAACCCUGAAAUUCCGCUGCGUCCAAGCAACGAGAAUAUUCCAGUCCCCACUGAGUUUGAAUCCUCGCAGGGUAACACAGAAAAUACUUCUAGACUGGUAUCAGCGUGGAACAACUUUCAGCACGUUGCUGCAAAAAAUGAAGCCGCAGAUAACUCUCGCUUUCUUGCAGAGCAUGGGAGAAACCAGGGUCAAUCUACUACACUGGACGUCCACAAUCAUAAUGUAACGUGGAAAAAGAUUGAAACAGAUGAAGAUGGAUUGGGUCGCAGAAAAGCAGGCGUGGAACGAAGUGGUCCACGCGAAAACAAGAAGCAGAAGGUCCAGCACGAGACGCAAACCCCGAAGAAUUCUGAUGAAAUCGAGCUUGACCUAGACAGCGACUCCGAUCCGGAUCAUGAGGCGGCACCACUAAAAUCCCCAAGCAUGACGGCGACUGCGGCAAAUGUCGCUCCUCCUCCGUCGCAGGAAUUUUCAAAACCUCGAUACUCAGAGGUAUCGGACGAUGUCCGUAACCAGCUUCCCCCUAGCUUCUUUAAGCCACAGCAGUCCCCUCAGCCGCCCAAUCUUCCAUUUCCCUGCAAAAUACAUAACACAACCACAAACUUUCUCGCGUUAAGCAAAUGCGAACCGAACCGCCAGUUUCUCCAGCUGUUGGAAGUUAACCCGAUAUCCGAACAGUCAGACGCAGUUGGCGCUAAAGGCCCCUUUCAACUUCACUACGACAAAGAAUGGUUGGCAAUCACGCGCGUCUUCGCAGCAGAUCUCCAGCUCGGUGGAAAUCCAGAUGAUAAAAUUCCCGUUGACAAAGGUGAAGCUGUCUACAGGACGCUCAUCGAGGAAGAAGAAAAAUGGGUAGAUGAACACAUUGUCCAGCCUGGAAGACUCGCGGUUCCGGCGAACUUCACCCCAACUGCGCCGUUCUAUGACCCUGAGGUCCCCAUUACCACAGAUCAGCAACCUCACGAAUAUAAUAACCCACAGACUGCUGCAUUCUGUGAGCUUCGCGCGAGAAGAGAAUGGGAGAUGGGCCUCGACCUUGCCAUCCGGACAAGGAAGCAUGGCGUGCUCGUCGUGCAGCUGGCCGGGGCCGGGGAAGCGGCCGUGGAAGAGGCUUUGGACGCGGCCAAGGUGGGCGAGGUGGCCGUCGCCACUAGGCCGAUUAUUGUACUACACGCGCUUCUGUACUGA